GGGAGAGGGAGAGAGAAAUGGAAACGAGCAGUGAGAAAGAGGAGAGGAAAAGGAAAAAUGCCGAGAAAGGGUUGAACCGGAUGUCUCAGAUCCGGUCGGCACGUCCACAAUCCCAAGAACAUCAUCCCACUCCAUCAUCUACAGAUGUAAAGAAAGGAAGCUUCGAUGCUCGAGAUCGUAAGGUAUUCUUCACAGACGAUGAUCAUCAGUCACCGGAAACCAAUCAAUCUCAUGAUAUUAGUGCUGCACCUGUGGGGCUGAGUGAAGCCUCUACUUCUAGUACACUUAAACAAGGUGGCAUGCCUGAAAUAUCAAGUGCAAACACCCGAGAUAUUGGGAGCCAAGCUGAAAUACUGAGCAAGGGGACCGACAAACACAAGACAUCUGCACGUGCUGUAGGAGAAUCACAGCCCGAGACAUCAUCGAAACGAAAAGCAUCAACCAACACUGAAUCAAUCCAAAAAACAAGCAGGAAUCAAGCUAACUUGUACUCUUCAAAACUACUGAAUUCCUGCAUUAUAGCCUCUGUAACAACACGCGGUUUAUGUGCCCUAUUGAUAGCAUUUUGUGUACUUCUUUCUCAUAUUAAUUUCCCCUUGCUUGGACUUAGUAUAGGCACGGUCGAUAGCAACGUAUCCUCAAAGCCCUUUUACAUAAUCUUACUGACCGAUUUCACCAUUGUGCUCAGCCGACUGUUUCUCGGCAGGAAAGGAGUCUCUUUGGAGGUUGAGGAAGAGAAACCUGCAGCGUGUCAAGAUGAUAAAAAAAACUGGGAUGCAACAGUUAUGCUUUUGGAGAGAGGGUUGGUGGCCUAUCGGACAAUCCAAGCACUUUUCACAGAUUUCAGCAUUUAUGCAGUGGUGGUCAUUUGUGGCACUUCUCUACUGUUAACUUUUUCUUUUUUUUUUUGUUGUUGUUGCUAGAAGAUACAUUUUAUUUCUUCUUCAUUUUCAGCAAAUGAU